GCGGCGAGUCGCGCACCUCCUGUCCUCCGCUGAAGUCCUCGCUCCUGUCUGCCGGAACACAUUGAAAAAAGGAGGCGAAACAAACUCAAGAAAAGACGAACUUCUCCUCCAGAGACGAAGCAGAAGGAUUUCACAGCAGAAACCCCGGGACCAGAGCCCCUCUUUCUGCGGGCAAAGGCGGCUGAACUUUUCGUUUUCUUUUUUUUUUUUUUUAAACUGCAACCACACAAAAAUGAAUCGGAGCUUUAAUAAGUCUCAACCUCUGCGAACUGCGGAUUGUAACGCCGUUGAGGUGAAAAGCAAGUAUGGGGCAGAAUUUCGCCGGUUCUCUGUGGACAGGGUCAAGCCCGGCAAGUUUGAGGAGUUUUACAAGCUCAUUCUGCACAUUCACCGCAUCGCCAACAUGGAGGUGAUGAUCGGCUAUGCCGACAUCCACGGUGAUUUGCUGCCGAUCAACAAUGAUGACAACUUCUGCAAGGCAGUGUCGACAGCUCAUCCACUGCUCAGGAUCUUCAUACAGAGACAAGAAGAGGUCGACUAUGCUAACUUCGGCACCAACACAAUAACUCGUAAGAAGAAGGCGGUGGUCGCGCUGCGCAAUAAUGACGUCAACCGCAAGCGGCCACACAUCCGCAUCGGCAUGCCCCAGGACUUCCGGCCAGUCUCCUCUAUCAUUGAUGUGGACAUCCUACCUGAAUCCCACCGCCGUGUCCGACUGUAUCGCCAUGGCUCAGACAAACCCCUGGGCUUUUACAUCCGCGACGGAACCAGCGUGCGGGUGACGCCACACGGGCUUGAGAAAGUCCCCGGCAUCUUCAUAUCUCGGCUGGUUCCUGGAGGGUUGGCGGAGAGCACCGGGCUGCUGGCGGUCAACGAUGAGGUGCUGGAGGUGAACGGCAUUGAGGUGACGGGAAAGUCCUUAGAUCAGGUAACGGAUAUGAUGAUCGCCAACAGCCACAACCUGAUCGUGACAGUGAAGCCAGUGAACCAGCGCAAUAACGUGGUCCGCAGCAGCAGGAUCUCGGGGAGCUCAGGCCAGUCGUCUGACAGCAGCGGGUCGACUGGUUACCCGAGUUUGUCAGUGGCCUCAGUGGGGGUGAUGUCCUCUGGAGCACAUGGUUACCAAGACGACCUGGAGAGUGACGAAGAGACAGACAUCGUCAUUGAGAGCAGCCUCAAGCGGCCGUCUCAGAGGUCCAAUGCCUCCCUGGCGUCCAGCGCGUCUCGCACACAUCAGACGCCAACAACGGCCUCAGGCCCAGUGGCACCUCCAAGCCCUCCCACACGUCCAUCAUCGGUGGUCUCCACUGCCUCCUUCCACUCCCAGCCGAGCCUCAACGGAGGGUCCCAUCACCACCAACACAGCAGCCUCAGCUACCAGCUCCACAGAGACCUGAACCUUCAGCACAACCCGCACCAACAGUCCCAGCACCGUCAUCACCACGUACAGCCCCCGCAUCACAGCAGCAACCCAGCCCUCCGCCACAGCAAUGGCAGCCUGCACAAAAUCCUCAGCUCCAUGAAAACGGACCCACGACACAGUCUUGCACUGCCCAGGGGAGGGGUGGAGGAGGACGGCACCGUCAUUACCCUAUAAUACUUACAAACACACACACACAGAAACAUCCUGAAUGCUCAGAGACUAAAACUGGAACACCAGGCCGGAUAAAUAUGAGCACGAGUGUGUUUGGCCAGAUACUAAUUCUGAAACUUAUAAUUGAUAACAGGAAGUUACAAUCCAGGAAACAAGGAAAAUGUAUUGUAUAUAUUUCCUGUAUUUUUUAAGUUGUCUUUGUCUUACAUCAAAAGAUUUGUACGUAUGUAUGUAAUAAGCAUCAGAACAAACUGUUUUUAGGCGAGUCCACUGUAUCCUAGAGUUCUGAAUGUGCCUACAGCCUAAUAUCUUUUGUUAGUGACCACUUUUAUUAAGAUCCUUUUCAUUCUUAUUACCGGGACCAACUUGGGGUUGCUUAUGGAUGUUUUUAAAGAGUAAAUCUAUAUUUCUUAUAUUCUGAUAAAUGCUGUGUAGAGUAUGAUUUUUUUUUAAUAGUUCUUUUAUGCAUUGAUGAUUGUGAUCAAAUCCUUGUAUCUGUACCAAUAAAUUAUUCUGUCUCACAA